AUGUAUAAAUGUGAGCCGGGAACAAGGACAGAAAAAAAGAGACUGGGCUUCGCUGUCUUCAGAGGUCGACCAUGUGAGACGAAGCAACUUAACGUCGUGGUAUAUGCUCCUUUGAAUGAUGACGGAUGUUGUCGCAACGAGGAGACCCAGGCUCUGAUGCUUAAAAAACAUCUGUGUAACUGUUUGACGGCAAAAUUAAGUCACCAGCACCAAGUGAUGUACUUAUUAAACAGAACAUUGGAUCUCCACGGGUAUAUAGCGGGAAUUUUAAUCACCUGUGGAAUAGGUGUGAGUUGUAAUACAAGGGAGCAGUAA